UUUUAAAACCAAGCAGCAACCUUGACCUGUCAAAAUUUGCCAAGGUCGCAACCGGAAACUUUUUAGACGUUCGUAUAAAGGGAAUUUCUGCAAGUUAACUAUGGCUUCUCAAAGAAAGUUUUUCGUUGGGGGAAACUGGAAAUUGAAUGGCACCAAAAAGGGUGUUGAUGGCAUUAUUGAUUUUAUAAAUAAGGACUGUGUCGAUCCAAAUGUUGAGGUGGUUGUUGCCCCAUCUGCCAUCUACCUGGACUACACUAGACAGAAGGUGAACACAUCAGUUGGUGUGGCUGCUCAGAAUUGUUAUAAAGUGGGCUCUGGGGCAUUCACUGGAGAUAACAGUGCGGAGAUGAUCAAGGAUGUAGGGUGUGAGUGGGUCAUUCUUGGGCAUUCAGAACGCAGGCAUGUCUUUGGGGAAUCUGAUCAGCUUAUCGGUGAGAAGACCCAGUUUGCACUGAAGUCUGGGCUGAAGGUGAUUGCAUGUAUCGGGGAAAAGCUAGACGAGCGAGAAGCUGGCCACACUGAGGCUGUCUGCUUCAGGCAAACCCAGGCAAUCAUAGACUGUAUCCAGGAAUCCGACUGGGGGAACAUAGUGAUAGCCUAUGAGCCGGUAUGGGCCAUUGGGACUGGAAAGACAGCCUCCCCGGAGCAGGCACAGGAGGUGCAUGAUACACUUAGGAAGUGGCUGGCAGACAAGGUGUCCCCUAGUGUAGCCAGCAGUGUCAGGAUUAUAUACGGAGGUUCAGUGACUGCCGCUAAUGCGAAAGAUCUUGGAAAAAAGCCAGACAUUGACGGUUUUCUCGUUGGAGGAGCCUCACUAAAGCCUGACUUUAUUCAAAUUGUGAAAGCUAGAGCAUAAACUGUACAAUAAACAUUUUAGGGAAGAUUUAAUGAUUGAUAUGAAUGGAGUUUUUAUUAAUUAAAGCUUUUGAACAAGAAUUGUAUGUAUACAUGUUUCUCACAAUCUUUUACUGGGUGAUAGUUCCUUAAAUUUUUACCGCAGCAUAAGGCAAAUUAAAUUAAAAUAAAAUGUAUAGUGUGAUGUUUCUGGACAUAUUGUAUUAUGUGUUCAACUUAAUUAACUUAUUACCCAUUGCUGUUUUGAAAAACAUGUGUUUUUGUAUCAAAUAGGUGCUCAAGACAAAGGCAUUUUUAUUAAUAUAUCAUUUUUGUAUUAUAGUUCUUAUUAAAUGGUUAAUUCACCUAAACGUUCGACUACAUUUAAGGGAAAUACUGCUGAUAUGGCCCGUAAAUGACAUAUAAAGUGACUUUAAAAAUGACUCACUCCGUUUGUUUAUCUUUCUUUACCUUACUGAAUGAGCAAGAUAUAUCCUAGAAUAGGGAUGUAAACAUUUGAUUUAACAACAAGGAUAUAAUUGAAGUAAUUAAAUUGAAAUACUAGUAUAUGGAUUAUUGACUUUUCUAUUCUACUGUAAAUAGUUUUAUAAUCAAUUGCUGUUGUUGUUUCUCCAAACAAACAUAUUUUACUAAAUAGUAUCAUUCGUUUAUGUAUUUCGAAGUAUGGGGUCUUUCCGCAACUGAGGCUGCAUUAUGUGAGGACCUGGAGUGCGUCCCAGCACCACUACCUCUUUUACUUACUUCACUCAAGAAAGUUAAGCCGAAGUUUGAUUCAUAAAUGGUAUUUCCAGCUA